AUGUCUUGUUCGAGUUCUUUGGUGUGCAUUCUUAUCUUGUUUGCUCUAGCAAUAAGCAAAAAUCAUGCACGAGUGCCCCAACCUAUUCCUCGUCUAAAUUUCGAAGUGCACAUAAUCAAAGGUUACGCGAAUGGGUUGAUAUCAGGAACAUGCUCGUCCCCGAGCCAUAUAUUUGCUGCAAACUUUACCCUAAUCCAUUUAGAUGAUCAACACCAAUGGCACUUCAGGGUGCAAAUGCACACGCGUGCUUAUUUCGCUUGCUUGCUGCACAAGGAUCAUAACGAGCGCAAGACUUUCACGGUGUUUGAUCAAGCCGUGGACGGUCUGAAUAGAAGGUGUGGACGAACCGGUAUGUGCUUUUGGAAACUCAAAGAGGAUGGCAUCUAUUUUGCUGUCGAUAAUGUUAGCUAUACUCGAGAGUUUGCUUGGGAUCGUUACUCUAUUUAG